AUGGCCGACGUGAAGCAUCAGCUGGAGGCUUUGCGCCCCGAAAUCGAGAAUAUCCUCCGCAUCAGCGGCUCACCCGGACUCUCACUCGGCCUCCUCACGGCCGCAGCCGUUGCCAAACUUGUUCACCAAGGUGUGCUCCAUUGGGAUGUUCCCAUUCGGGAGUACCUGCCAAUCUUCCGCCUACGACAAGACGAGCUGGGCGUGAAAGCCACCUUAAAAGACCUAUUGUCCCAGCGCACAGGAAUUGCACCCGCAAAUUCCUUGUUGGCGAUCCAAAACAACGAACCACUCAUAAAGGAAAGCGAGACGGCCGCCAUAGCUACCUACAUCAACACUGCCAAGCCUUAUGGCCAGUUUAUCUACUCGCAAUGGAACUAUACCCUGAUCGAUGACGUCGUCAAGGAAGUCACCGGCGCUUCUAUCUGCGACUACAUUCAGCAGAACAUUUUUCGCCCUCUGGACAUGACCCGCAGCUCUUUCGGCAGUCUCCAACAACUGGAUGCUGAUGUCGCGCACACGCAUUGUACCCACGACGACGGCACACCAAGUCAGAAGCCUGAUGCCCAAUCUGGCAUGAUGAUAGCUGGCGUUGGUGCUGCCGCGGGAGCUCGAUGCUCCAUGCGGGACUACAUGAUCUUCCUGCAAGCCAUUCUUCGUGCGUACAAACAUCAGCUCACGGAAGGCGUCGACGCCACGCCCGAUUCUAUCUUCCCGCUCAUGCGAGAUGUGUUCAUGCCGCAGGUCGGCUUUGGGCCUCCGAAGCGUUCUGGCAUCGAAUACGUCGCGUACUGCAUGGGCUUGUAUCGGACCAAGCUGCCAGGCAUGUUGAGCCUUGCCAGUCCUAACUUCUAUUAUACGCUGGGAAAGAAGCGGCUUCCUCUGUAUGGUAAGAGCCUUGCGGGGACGGAUGUAUUCCACCAGUCUGGAACCGCGUUGGGACACCUGGGCGCACUGUUUAUUGUGCCCUCGACCGAGAGUGCCGUCGUCACCUUCACGAACUCGCAGCCACUGAUGGACCCAGCUGACUUCGUCGCACAACUUGCUCUCUCGACGCUUCUUGGGCCGCCACCUGGCGUUGACUUUGUUAAAAUGGCGAAGCUGGCUCGCACCAUUACGCUGGAGAAUUACAAGGUCCUUGAAAAGGUCGUCGCGAAGGGCAAAACGGAUGUGCCUCCCACAAAGCCUCUUGCUGCAUACCAAGGCGACUUCUACAAUGCGAUUCACAACUUUGUGUUGUCGGUUUCUGUGGCAGGCGAGGGCUUGCAUGUACGCUUGCAGCAAGGGAAGACAAACUUUGACCUCCUGCCUUAUGACGGGGAUACGUUCUACUGGAAAGUAGACCGCGAGGAGGAGAUGUGUAAGAAGGGGAUGUUCGGUUUUAUGUACAAGGACUGGCAUAUCUUCCGGUUUGAAAUCAACGCCAACGGAGAGGUGGAGAAGCUGUUGUGGAGACACGAUCCUUAUGUUGCUAGUCCGGAGGCGUUUACGAAGACGCCUAAUGUGCAGUCGUACGCUAGGUUAUGA